AUGGCCUCGCGCAGGUCCCGUAGGCGGCGCUUCCUCGAUGAGCGCGGCACUUCGGGCCCGCUCGCCCCGAACGGGUUGAACCCGGCGACCAUCAUGGAGAAGGCGGUGCGCGAGCGCAUCGUCGACAGCUACUUCUACAAGGAGCAGUGCUUCGGCAUCAACGAGGCCGACAUUGUCGACCGUGUCGUCGAGCACGUCGACUUCAUCGGCGGCGUCACGGGCACCGUGCAGAAGCCGACGCCUUUCCUCUGCCUCGCCUUCAAGCUCCUGCAGCUCGCGCCCGGCGACGACGUCCUCGAUGAGUACCUGCACCACGGCGGCGACAAGUUCAAGUACCUGCGCGCGCUGGCCGUCUUCUACAUCCGCCUCACCCGCCCGGACAAGGACGUAUACACCAAGCUGGAGCCGUUCCUGGAAGACCGCCGGAAGCUGCGCAGGAAGGGGAAGAACGGCACCAGUCUGACGUACAUGGAUGAGUUUGUCGACGAUCUGCUCACCAAAGACCGCGUCUGCUCGACGAGUCUGUGGAAGAUGAGGAGACGGGACAUCUUGGAGGAUCUGGACAUUCUGGAACCGCGGGUCAGCCCGCUGGGCACGCUUGAGGACCUGCUCGAAGAGGAGGACGAGGAUGCGAUGCAAAACGGAGACGAUGCAAACGGGCACGGCCAUGACGACGAUAGCGGCUCCGUCCGUUCAGUGCCCAGAUCCAGGGCUUGCGUCCGCGUCUUCAGAAACAGGAUCUUCAUUAGGCGCUAUACCCUCGAGUAG